CUCGCAGCAGUACCCACCACGCACGCCACGAUCUAACAAGUAAUUAGGAUGGGGUCCUCAACUGACGAACUCAUGGUGGACAAACUGAUGAAUGUUAUCAAGAAGGCUGACAUGUACUCUCAAGCAGGAGUGGCUGACAAGGUAUGGAACUUCGCAUUGGAGAACCCGUUUGGGAUCGUCGUCAAGGGUGAGGAUGAGCAGAUGGUUCCCGUUAUAUUCUCGAAACCAUUUGGGGUCAUGUUGCCGGAGGUCGUCGCGCAAUUCGAGGCCGACCCCCAGCUAUCCGAGUACUUUAUGUUUUCCGCGGGGAACACAAUCGCGUUGCGGGCUAGGUUCUGUCAUAAAGUAACGAAGGUGAACGACACCCUGUCCCAAAUCCUGUGUGUGAUCAGGAACCUCCCCGGGAAGCCGUUUGGCGACCUUGAUCAGUUCUGUGAUGCUUGGAAUUUCAGGUUACGGAACGGGGUUCCGCAGGAGGAAUACAGAGUGCCAGCCAACCUCGCUCAUAUUCUUGGCGUGGUCACUGAUAGGCAUGCCACCAGCGUCUAUUCCGAGACAGAGGACGGCGAUGUUUGUGUCUUAGUACGCAAGAUGGCGGGCGAGGUGGAAUGCUUAAGCACGCUGUGCGAGGCAGAGUAUCUUGUCGCGCAUGAGGCGGACGGACUUGAAGACGAACUCCGCAAGGCAGGCGAGCUUGUAUACAAUGAUGAUGAGGGAGUGGACGUGCUCAGUUACCGUCGGGCCGGAUUCGUCUCGUUUCGCCAUCUUCAAGACAGGACUAUAGGGACUGGGGUCGCUGGGCUACCACACCUCGGUAUCACCCACGUAUUCGAUUGCAAGGUUGUUCCGGGCUGGGACUUUAGGGCUGAGGAGGAAAUCUCGCUUCAGGGAAGAACGCCCGAGGGAACGCCGGAGUGGAUGACGCCGAAGGAGGUACGGGACGCACUGUUAUCGGGAAAGUUUACCCCUGAGGCCGGUUUGGUUAUGCUCGACUUCCUUUAUCGCCACGAUCUUCUCGGCAUCUCCAUGUCUGACGAGCAGAAGAAGGCUAUGGAGGACGCUUUGCACCCACUGAAGGAUAUGUUGGUGGUGCCGUAAAGUACGUGACCUCCAUGACUCCGAACGGGUCGUUUUCCCAGCCAAAACGAAGGAGUAACAAACAUUACAAUGCCUUUUAAUGGCCCCUCUGGAAUAUUCCUACGACCCAUCAAAUAUGAAAUAUAAUCCAAUGCCUGCCUUGUACUUGAAUUGAAGCCCCGUAUAUUGUAAAGUUCUUUUCUUGGCUAAAGAGUUGGGCACUGUGAUGACUCGAAACUCCUCGUGUGUUGAUAGCCGUGAUAGCCCAACCUUGUCCGUUCGAGGCGUGAUUCGUAAGUUGCGGUGAAGCAAAGCACCAGUCGGAGUAACAGGUGGCUGAAAUAAAGCAUCUGCGGACUGCAGCAAUGACGCCACUCGUGGAAAUUGAGAAUGGUCGGGUUGAAUUUGCCUGGAUAGUUACGGAGCAGAUCUAGAAUCAACCGUUGUCAUUGCCUUGAUCAUCAUAUCGUCGUUGCCCGUCUCCCGCCGCCGUCCUGGGGAAAUGUGAGCAAAACU